AUGUUAACGGAAGAAUUUGAAGAUAAUUCGUGGAGGCAGCUAGGCCCAGUUUCCAUGGCCCAUCUGAAGGCAAUGCCAGUGAGAGUUCAAAGGCUGUGCAUGGUGGUGCUGUGUGGGACAUCUUUCGAAGAGAGGAUGUUCCAAAACUUAUUUGAGUAUUUGAAAAAGCACGAGCAUGAGUUCCGUCACCUCUAUAACAAACCUGUAAAACCUGUGGAUCACCCAAUUAUUGACCAGACUAUGUUCUUGAGUGAAAGUCAGAAGAAACAGCUGAAGAAGGAAUACGAUAUAGAACCAUGGACCUUUGAGCAACAUCUCGGCGAAGCUGUUUUCAUCCCUGCAGGUUGUCCUUACCAAGUUAGAAAUAGACAGUCAUGCAUAAAGGUGGCACUAGGUUUUAUCUCUCCCGAAAGCGUAGAAGAAUGCAUUAGGCUGACACAAGAGUACAUGAGAUUACCAAAAGACCACAAAUUCAGCAAAGAUAAAUUAGAGAUUCAGAAAAUAGUUCUGCAUGCCGCUAGCUCAGCCAUAAAAGAAGCACAAAGUCUAAUGCAAAACUCCAAGACGCAGUGGUGGUGCUAACAAAAAAAGACUCUCAAGGGGUUUGUUUUUAAAAGCUUAUCAAUGCUUGUGAAGCCCCAAGAAACAGCCUGGCGAUGCUCUGCUAUAAGUACAGUUGUAAACAAGUGUGUUCAUAUUACCUCUAAAAGCUUGGCCUCUGUUCUUUAACCAUUCCCGGAUAAUAUUAGUUCACAACUUAUCUUGAACACCAAAACCAACAAGGAACGUUGUACAUUAUUUAACAAAAUGGGUUUGAGAUUGGUGUGUGACCCAUUAUUAUUGUGGGCUCAAUUAUGUACAAACUUGUCUAAGAGUUUCACCUCUGAUGCAGCCCACCGAAAAUUUGUUAGUCUCACGUCAGAUAUAAAUUUGAUAGAUAUAUAUAUAUAUAUUAAAUUUUAAUACAUAAAAUUAAAAUUACUAUAGUAAAUAUGAAUAUAAUCAAAUAUGAACACUGGAAAUAUUAACUAUCUAUUCUGUACAUCUGGCUCCUAAUAUUUUCAUCCAAUUCAUUGACUUUGGUGAAAUUUUAGAGAUUUUUUUUUUGUUUUUUUUCAAAAUAUUUUUUUUUAUUGUCUAUUGUCAUAAAACCAACAUUAAAUAGUCAAUUUAGUAUAUAAUAUUUUCUUAUAAUUCAAUUUUUCUUUCCUAAUUUAAACCAUAAUAUUUGGUAUCUAAACAAAAAAAUAUUUCAUUCCUUUUAUAUUCUAUUGAUUCACUUCCACACAAAUGUAAUAUAUAUAUUUUUGGCUUUAUCAAUUUUAUCUUCGAAAAAUUCUCAUCUUUGAAUAUAGCGAUUACUAAUUCGUUAUUAUUACCGGUGUCUUGUCUUUCUUCUCGGACACUGCGUGUUUUUUGUUGCCCAUCGUCUCAUCUGAAGUCUCAUAAACCUUUUCGCUAUCAUUCUCUCGUUGGUAAAAAUCUAGAACCUUUGUCUUACCGAUUCACGAUUUUUUCAAAAUUAUCAUUUUUAUCUUCACUCAUAUUUUAGAAUAUUUGUCCAGAUAUAUCGAUAUUUCUAUAUUUUUAGUUGUUUAUUUUUUUCUAUUAUCGGAAGCGAAAAAAUAACUUGAUUUACAGAUUUUUGAUGAAUGUUUUAGUAACCAAUUUAUAAAAUUUACGAGAAAUUUGUCAAUAAAUUAGGCAUAUUAUAUAUUUUAUCACCGAGAUAAGAAAUGAAACACAUAAAAAAAGGCAAGGAUGAAGACGUAGAUUAUGGUUACAAAAAAAAAGAUAUAGAUUAUACACUACAUGCUUUAUAGAUUUAAGGAAAUUCUGGUUAAUCUUUUAUAUCAUUAACCGUAGAUUGAUUGGUGGAUAAACUUUAGAAAAAGUGAUAUGCCGGAUUUCAGAGCGUAGAAAACCAUAUAUUGUAUGCUCUAUUAUUUUAAUUUAUUACACAAUAGGUAGAUUUUGUAUUCUAGGUUUUGUAAACAACUCAUUCCUCUGUUUUUAAAAGAUGGAUAUUCUAAACUUUUCACAUAUAUUAAGAAAAUUUAUUAAAUAUGCAUUGUUUUUUUGUAAAUAACAAUUUUUCAUAACUUUUAACCAAUAGAAAUUCAAUAAACACCAUUAAUUUUUUUGAAACUUACAAGUUUUUAUAAAAUCAUACAUUAAAAAGUAAAAAAUGUAUUUUUUUGAAACAAUUCUUUUUUUCCAGAACAUACAUCUUUUAGGAAUAGAAGAAGUACGUAAUUAGGUGACAUUAUUCUACAUGCACGCAUAUUUUUUUUCUUAGCAAUUUUUUUUUCAUAUAUAGUCUCUAAUAAUAUACAUACAUGUCUUACCAUAAUGAAACUUUCCCAUAUUUUUGGGUUCUUAAAUUAUCUUUUAGGAACUUUUCAAAAGAUUAAGAGUAUCAAAAGUCUAAAUCGACCAAAAAAAUAUGCGUGACAAAUGGACAAUAAUUUUUUUUUUAAUUUGUU